ACACAUAAACGUUCAUUAAACACAAAGAAUAACCAGACGAAGAAGAAGAUGGAUAAUUUGGCGUUAUGUGAAGCAAACAAUGUUCCUCUAACUCCCAUAACGUUCUUGAAGAGAGCUUCGGAGUGUUAUCCGAAUCGAACUUCGAUAAUAUACGGAAAAACUCGUUUCACUUGGCCUCAGACCUAUGACCGUUGCUGUCGUCUAGCCGCUUCUCUCAUAUCUCUUAAUAUCGGCAAGAACGAUGUGGUAUCCGUUGUUGCUCCAAACACACCGGCCAUGUAUGAGAUGCACUUUGCCGUUCCCAUGGCUGGAGCUGUACUUAACCCUAUCAACACUCGUCUAGACGCAACAUCCAUUGCCGCAAUCCUCCGCCACGCCAAGCCCAAGAUUUUAUUCAUAUACCGCAGUUUUGAGCCAUUGGCUCGAGAAAUCCUCCAGUUAUUAUCAUCUGAAGACUCAAACCUAAACUUGCCGGUCAUAUUUAUCCACGAGAUUGAUUUCCCUAAAAGGGUUUCGUCCGAGGAGUCAGACUACGAGUGUCUCAUCCAGAGGGGAGAGCCUACGCCCUUGUUGUUGGCACGCAUGUUCUGUAUUCAAGACGAGCAUGAUCCAAUCUCUUUAAACUACACAUCGGGUACCACAGCCGACCCAAAAGGUGUUGUGAUUAGCCACCGAGGAGCAUAUUUAAGCACAUUAAGCGCGAUUAUUGGUUGGGAAAUGGGGACAUGCCCUGUCUACCUUUGGACUCUGCCUAUGUUUCAUUGCAAUGGAUGGACGUUUACAUGGGGAACUGCGGCCCGUGGGGGUACUAGUGUGUGUAUGAGGCAUGUGACUGCCCCGGAGAUCUAUAAAAACAUAGAAAUGCAUAACGUGACGCAUAUGUGUUGUGUUCCUACGGUUUUUAACAUUCUUCUGAAAGGAAAUUCACUUGACCUGUCACAUAGGUCUGGGCCGGUCCAUGUUCUUACCGGAGGUUCACCGCCUCCCGCUGCUCUUGUCAAGAAAGUUCAGCGGUUGGGGUUUCAAGUGAUGCAUGCCUAUGGUUUGACCGAGGCCACUGGUCCGGUUCUGUUUUGUGAGUGGCAAGAUGAGUGGAACAGAUUACCUGAGAAUCAACAGAUGGAGUUAAAAGCAAGGCAAGGGCUAAGCAUCUUAGGCCUAACUGAAGUUGACGUGAGAAACAAGGAAACUCAAGAGAGUGUUCCGCGAGAUGGGAAGACGAUGGGAGAAAUCGUUAUGAAAGGAAGCAGCAUAAUGAAAGGCUAUCUGAAGAAUCCCAAAGCUACAUAUGAAGCAUUUAAACACGGAUGGCUCAACUCAGGAGACGUAGGUGUGAUUCAUCCUGAUGGACACGUAGAGAUCAAAGAUCGGUCCAAAGACAUAAUCAUAUCUGGAGGCGAAAACAUUAGUAGUGUUGAAGUCGAGAAUAUUAUUUAUAAGUACCCAAAAGUGCUUGAGACUGCCGUCGUGGCCAUGCCUCACCCUACAUGGGGAGAAACCCCAUGUGCAUUUGUUGUUCUAGAAAAGGGUGAGACUAAUAAUGAAGAUCGUGAAGAUAAACUUGUGACCAAAGAGAGAGAUUUGAUUGAGUAUUGCCGUGAAAAUCUUCCACAUUUUAUGUGUCCGAGAAAAGUGGUGUUUUUGGAUGAAUUGCCCAAAAACGGGAAUGGAAAGAUCCUUAAGCCUAAGCUAAGAGACAUUGCUAAAGGUUUGGUUGCUGAGGAUGAGGUCAAUGUUAGAUCUAAAGUUCAACGGCCGGUUGAACACUUUACUUCGCGGCUUUGAGAUUAUACAUCUCCGACUUAUAAAUAUGUAUGUAUGGUUGUCUAUUAAAGCACCUUAGCUUCAUUGAAGGUCUUAAGAGAGUCUCUCAACAAUUAUGUAUGGUUGUCUAUAUAUAUAGUAAUGAUAAAAUUGUGAUUCUCCAUUGAUGGACAGUCAAAAC